AUGUUGCGUGCUACUUCAACCAAGUUCUUGGGCCAAGCUUCUGUUCUCAACCGUUCCAGCCGUCUCUUCAGCAGUGCUUCUAUUGCUUUGCAAAAGUUCCGUGCUGAGCGUGAUACCUUUGGCGAUCUUCAAGUUCCUGCUGAUAAAUAUUGGGGUGCUCAAACUCAAAGAUCUCUCCAAAACUUUGACAUUGGUGGUCAACAUGAGCGUAUGCCCGAACCUUUGAUUCGUGCUUUCGGUGUCCUCAAGAAGGCUGCUGCCACUGUCAACAUGACCUAUGGUAUGGAUGCCAAGGUCGGUGAAGCUAUUCAAAAGGCUGCUGAUGAAGUUAUUGAUGGUAGUUUGAUUGAUCACUUCCCUCUUGUUGUCUGGCAAACCGGUUCUGGUACUCAAACCAACAUGAACGUCAACGAGGUUAUCUCCAACCGUGCUAUCGAACUUCUUGGUGGUGAACUUGGUUCCAAGACUCCCGUUCACCCCAAUGACCAUGUUAACAUGAGUCAAUCUUCCAACGAUACUUUCCCUACUGCCAUGCACGUUGCUGCCGUUGUUGAAAUCACUCACCGUCUCCUUCCUGCUUUGAACACUUUGCGUGAUGCUCUCGAUGCCAAGUCCAAGGAAUUCGAUCACAUUAUCAAGAUUGGUCGUACUCACUUGCAAGAUGCUACUCCUUUGACUCUCGGCCAAGAAUUCUCUGGUUACACUCAACAACUGACCUAUGGUAUUGCCCGUGUUGAAGGUACUUUGGAACGUCUCUACAACCUUGCUCAAGGCGGUACUGCCGUCGGUACUGGUCUUAACACCAGAAAGGGUUUCGAUGUAAAGGUCGCUGAGGCUAUUUCCAACAUCACUGGUCUUCCUUUCAAGACUGCCCCCAACAAGUUUGAAGCUCUUGCUGCUCACGAUGCUAUUGUCGAAGCUCAUGGUGCCAUCAACACCGUCGCCUGUUCUCUCAUGAAGAUUGCCAACGAUAUCCGUUAUCUUGGUUCAGGCCCUCGUUGUGGUCUUGGUGAGCUUUCAUUGCCCGAAAACGAACCUGGAUCUUCCAUCAUGCCUGGUAAGGUUAACCCCACUCAAUGUGAGGCCAUGACCAUGGUCUGUGCUCAAGUCCUUGGUAACAACACUGCUGUUUCUGUUGCUGGUUCUAACGGUCAAUUCGAACUCAAUGUGUUCAAGCCUGUCAUGAUCAAGAACUUGAUCCAAUCCAUCCGUCUUGUCUCUGAUGCCUCUACUUCCUUCACCAAGAACUGUGUUGUUGGUAUUCAAGCCAACGAGAAGAAGAUCAACAACAUUAUGAACGAAUCCUUGAUGUUGGUCACUGCCCUUAACCCUCACAUUGGUUAUGAUAAGGCUGCCAAGUGUGCCAAGAAGGCACACAAGGAAGGUACUACUUUGAAGGAGGCUGCGCUUUCUCUCGGAUACUUGACCUCUGAGGAAUUCGAUCAAUGGGUCAGACCUGAAAACAUGAUUUCUGCUUCUGAUUAG